AGGGGGUUUACAUUACAUUAUAAAUACGUCGGUAAGCGUCUCACUGAGGACCAAAGUGAAUAAAACUUGCACCUCUUUACGUAUCAUAUUUUAUUGCGGACACUACAAUGGGUGAUAGCUAUAACCUGGUAGUAGACAGGCUGAAUGCCUUUGCGGUUGCCGACUUCGAAGGCCACGAGGUAGAAAGGCUGGAGUUGCUAUCAAGUGCGCGCAGGCUAGUUGGUAGACUGGAAACGAGGCAAGAAAGAAUCUUCAAUAUCGAUUUUCGGAACCCGGCCGAGUAUGCGGCGUUGAAGAUAUGCCUAGACCUUGGUAUCUGGCACCGAUGGACGGCAGUGGGUGGUGGUGAAAAAACUGUCGAAGAGCUAGCUAAAUUGGCUACGAAAGAUUGCGAUUUGAACUUGCUCCGCCGCCUACUGCGACUUUUAGGGGCCACGUACAUUAUUGAGGAAACAGGGGAAGAUCGAUACAAACCAACUGACUUCUCACUUUCAAUCGGCGAUGAAUCAACCACUAUUGCCCAAGGCAUUCUUGCUAUGGCCAAUCAUUGGAAUGCCUCAUCUAUGAAUUUGCCGUCGUUUCUAGCAAAGACGUCGUAUCGAGAGCCUUUAGAUCCGAAGUAUAGUAACUACGUUGACGCCUUUCCGGAACGGUUAUCAUUCUUUGACAGAUGUCUCUCCAAUCAAAGCUACCAGGAUAGCUUCAGUGGCUAUAUGAGGGAGUGGUCAAAGUAUAGGUUUUCGUGGCCUGAUUUCUACGAUACGACUUCGCUUGUCGCCGGCGCUGAUCUUACUUCUGGUGCACCAUUAGUUGUCGAUAUAGGGGGCCACCAUGGCUAUGAUAUUCUUAAAUUCCUGAAGAAACACCCAGAUGUGCCAGCCGGUUCUCUGGUUAUCCAAGACCUCGAAGCUGUCCUCGCGGAUGCAAAUCUCGACACAGAUAAGGUUAAACUCAUGCCACAUAGCUUCUUCGAGCCCCAACCUAUUUAUGGGAGUCGCGCAUACUUUCUUCGCGGGGUCUUCCAUGACUGGGCAUACGAGCCAUCACUUCAGAUCCUCCAGAAUAUCGUGCCAGCGAUGAAGAAGGGAUAUUCCAAGCUCCUCGUCUGCGACGUUGUAAUCCCACCGAAGGGUGCGAGCGUUUACCAAGCGGGUAUGGAUUUGAACAUGAUGGCGCUCCUUUCGGCUUGUGAAAGGACGGAAGCUACGUGGAGGAAGCUAAUAAAUGACGCUGGAUAUAAGAUAAACAAGAUUUGGAUGGACCCUAGAGGGUACGAGGGGGUAAUCGAAGCAGAAUUAGCAUAGAUGGGCGGACGGCUUGCUAGGGGGGAUUACAAAGGGAUUUGGAUCAUGACCAUUUUGUGUUUUCAACAAGACAAAGGGGAUCAGGACAAAUUGUUUGAUUGGCCUACGGCUGGAUGGUUAGGAGAUUCGAUAGGGUUUUAUACUACAUGAGUUGAAUAAUAAAUUGAACGAAAAUCAGAGCGCUCAAUUUUGAUAUUGACAUUUUAAUAC